AUGCCUCUGCUGCAGCUUUCUGCAGUGUGCGCACCGGACAGGAAGCCGCCGUGGGGCACCCCGAGAAGCUCAAUCUCCGCGCUGCUGCGGCAGUUCGGCGCCAGCCUCCUCACCCCGCUGCUGGAGGCGGGCGCGAGCGAGGUGCUGCAGAGCCCCGUGCCCGAGGUGCUGGCGCCCAGCGGGCCCCUCGGGGGCCUGCUGCGCGCCCUCGGCGCCUCGGGCUACGAGCUCUCCGACGCCCAGGCGGACAGGAUCGCCGCCCUGGUCGCCCUUCAGCUCGCGCUGGACCGGGACGAGGCGAUCUGCGGGCUGCUCGGCUUCGUGCGGUUGCUGCUGGAGUCCUUCCGGAGCGCGGGCGUCUCGGAGGGCCCGCCAUCCAGUUCUUUGCGGCGCUUGUGCGCGGCGUUCCGCAGGCAUGGGAUCACGGCGGCGGCCGAGCAGCUCGCGGACCCCGCGGCGGAGCCGUGGCUGGAGAGGGUGGACCUGGACCAAGACGCUCUGUGGUCCACCGUGGUGGACAUCGUCGCCUGCCUCCGAGAGGUCGAGCUGGACCCGCCCAGUCCCGAUGCUGCGGUGGUGGCCGCCAUCGAGCGGCUGCCGGCGAGAGAGGCGCUGGAG